CUGCUGCCAACACGAGUAGAACUUUACUAAAGAGCUUUCCGUGAUUCUGAUUUCUCAGCUCAAAAAUGUCUCUGAUUCCUAGAGGAAACAUUUUCGAUCCAUUUUCUCUUGAUGUUUGGGAUCCUUUCAAAGACUUCCCUUUCCCUUCUUUUUCCUCUUCACUUACCUCUCAAUUCCCUCGGGAAACCUCUGCUUUUGUCAACACUCGUGUUGACUGGAAGGAAACCCCGGAAGCUCACGUGUUCAAGGCCGAUCUUCCAGGGCUGAAGAAGGAGGAAGUGAAGGUGGAGAUUGAAGACGACCGGGUGCUUCAAAUCAGUGGGCAGAGCAAAAUAGAGAAGGAAGACAAGAACGACACAUGGCACCGUGUGGAACGUAGCAGUGGCCAAUUCUCGAGGAGGUUUAGGUUGCCGGAGAAUGUGAAGAUGGAUCAGAUUAAAGCUUCCAUGGAGAAUGGAGUUCUUACUGUUACUGUUCCUAAAGUUGAGAUGAAGAAAACUAAUGUCAAGGCCAUAGAUAUUUCUGGCUGAAAUUAAAAAUGGGUUCUUAAUGUAAGUGCCUCUCUCCUGCGAUAGAGUGUUAUUGUGUUAAUGUGGUUGGGUUUGUUGCUGUAAUCGAGAAUUGUGUAUGAAUAAUGUGUCUGAUGUGUUCGACGUAAUGUAGAAGUGUACUGUUAAUAGUAAUGUAAUGCUUGUAUUCGUACGAAGUGUAUUGUUAAUGGCAAUGUGAUGUUUGUUUUUGUCCUGUGAUUAAAAC